CCUCCCCCCUAUUUUGUUCAGAAGUCAUGCUGAGUAACAGUGUUAUUUUGGGUACUCUUUUGGUGGCUACUGCACUUAUCUACGAGUUCUAUUGCCCCCUGGAAGGGAGAAGGAAUGAUGUGGAGGAUGUGGCAGCCAGCUGGGACAGAGAGAUCACUCCACCUGCAAGAAAACGAUCCAGGAUUGCAAUAGGGGUCAACUCCAAUCUGGACCUUAUAGUGUCAGCGUUAGAUCUGCUGUCAGCCAUGGAGGUGGGGCCCAGCUCCCCUGAAGAUCACUCGUCACUGACUAGUCUGUCGGACCUAGAGCAGCUGGUGGGAUACUCAAUGGAGCACUGUGCCGGCCUGGAGAGGGUGUUUGUUGAUCAGGGACUUUUCCUGAAGAUCGUGGAGAAAGCUAGCAGCAUCAAGCAUGCUUAUCACAUUGGUGGGAAUGGUGCUCUAAUGGCUCAAAAAAUACAGCAAUUGGUAUCAGAUGUGAAGGUGAUGUUGGUGGGUCCAGUUGGCCCUACACUCAAAGGACUACUGCACAAGGACAUUCUCACACCUUCUCUGAGCAGCUCAAGCGUGGACGAGGUGCACAUGAUCCUGGAGUACCCCAAGGGAGGGACGUGGGGAAAGGUCACGGCCUCUUGUGCCAAUCGCGUCAUCUUCUCUCACGAUCUCUCAAAUUCAAGACUGGUAGCCCUUGAACAAUUCCAGGAUAAUUUAACAGACUUUAACCCUGAUCUUAUCGUCUUAUCAGGAGCUCAUCUAUUGGACGGACAAUCAAUGGACUUUCAAACUUCUCGAUUAGCCGACAUCGCUAAACUUUUGGACUCUAUUCCACGAUCAAUUCCGGUACACUGGGAACUAGCUACCGUCGGUGACCUAGACUACUUUAAUAAACUGGCAGAUACUCUGUUUUCAAGAAUAGACUCUUUAGGACUCAACGAGCAAGAACUACGUUCAGCUGCUUUAGCGGCACAUGCAAACUUCUCCAAAAUCCCCUCUAAACCACCAGUAGGAUAUGUCUCUGAUCUCCUUCUUUGGCUGAUGGACGAGUACUCCAAUCGACCGUCUUCAAGAUUGACACGAGUUCACUUCCACUCUCUGACUUUCCACAUGGUGACCACUCUCGAUAAUGGACCUUGGACAAAUGCUAAACAAUCCGUAAUAGCAGGAGCUACGAUAGCUGGACUGCAAGCGUGUGAUACUGACAAAAUUGACUCUGAAAAAUUCGAGCUACGGUUGAAAUCGUAUCAGCUCUCUGCGAACGACGAGCAGUUGUCAGAGACUCUAAAAUACAAUCCUCGAACAAGUGCAGUCGUGCAAUGGAGAAGAGGUAGUGUGAACUUUCAUAUGAGUCCCGUAUUAGUUUGUAAGAAACCUCUGAAAACUGUUGGCCUAGGUGACGCAAUAUCUUCAGUUGGACUUUUGUAUUCGAACUUUGCAGAUAAGGUUUGAUUGAUUUGUUAACUUUGCAGAUAAUGUUUGUUUGAUUUGUUUGAUGAUUUUUUAAUAGUUAUUUGAAUGAGUACGCAUGCACAUGUGUUAGAAAUAUUUAUCUUUUGGAAUGAAAAUGUGAAUCAA